AUUUGACAAUUAAAAAGUGAACAAUAAGUGAAGAAAAAAUACGAAAAAAUUGCAAAUUCUUAUAAAGAAAAUUUAUAUUAUAUUAGAAAAAGCUACAAAUUAAAGAAAUAAAAUCGGAAAAAGUCUAAUAAGCGAAAAAUAAAUGUUAUUUAACAUGUUUAAACCAUAAAGCAAAAUGCAAAUAUUGUAAUUAGAAAGUGCUGUGUGGUGAAAGAAAGAAAAAAAAAGAGGAAAUUUGUUGUGUGUUUUGUAUGAAGGCCAAGCGCCUACGCCUUCUGGAGGUCAUUAAUAUUGUGUGUUUCUUUACAUUGAGCAUAAUAAAAUAACUUAGUGUUUGCGUUUAAUUAUUUCUAAUUGUUAUUUUCACAUAUUCGCUUGGAAGUUAGCUCAAUAUUUUUGCCAUCACGUUAGCUUCGCAGUUUACAUUUAACGCCACCAUGCCGUUGGCAGAUCUUCAUAAAGAUCUAAGACAACAGCAACAAUUGGGCGUUACAACGGCUGCCAUACCCAGCUCAUUGUCCUCCUCGAAUGCGGCUUCCAAUCUCAGUGAUCAUGUGGGUAUAUCCCGUAUGCAAAUCACCUCUUCCGGUUGCAGUAGUCUGGCGGUAACCCCCAUGGAACAUACACCCACAGAUGAGGAAAGUGGGGGUGUAACAACAGUGACGUCAUGUCAAAGACGUCAACUGCAACAACAGCAACAGAACCUACAACCUUCACAGCUGCAGGCAGCAUUAGGUAAACAUCAACAUCAUCAUCAUCAACAACAGCAACAGGGGGUAGUCGCUGGUAGUACUUCAACUACUGCAACGACGUUACAAAAUAAUUUACCACAUUCCAACAAUGAUUUAAUGGAUUUAAGUGAUUCUGAAUGUUAUACUCAAUCCACUGGAGGUCAAGGUGGCCCCAACAACAUUGAUUGUGGGGAAAAUGAAUUUGAAUUGCGCGAGGUCAUAAAAGAGGGCCAUGAAAAAGCCGACCCCUCACAAUUUGAACUUUUGCGUGUUUUGGGCGAAGGCUCGUUUGGCAAAGUGUUUUUGGUGCGCAAAAUUGUGGGUAAAGAUGCGGGCACUCUGUAUGCCAUGAAAGUGUUGAAGAAAGCUACCUUGAAAAUCAAGGAUAGAGUAAGAAGUACAAAUGAACGCAAGAUUUUGGCCGAUGUCGGACACGCCUUCAUAGUAAAAUUACAUUAUGCCUUUCAAACGCCCGGAAAAUUGUAUUUAAUAUUGGACUUUUUAAGGGGAGGUGACUUGUUUACCCGCCUCUCCAAGGAAGUCAUGUUUACCGAAGAAGAUGUUAAAUUUUAUUUGGCAGAAUUGGCUUUGGCUUUAAAUCACCUGCAUUCUUUGGGCAUAAUAUAUCGUGAUCUGAAGCCGGAGAAUAUUCUCCUAGACGAAAAUGGUCAUAUAGCUUUGACCGACUUUGGUUUGUCGAAGCAGCCUUUAGAUGGUUCUAAAACUUAUAGUUUUUGUGGCACAGUAGAAUACAUGGCUCCCGAAAUUGUCAAUAGAAAGGGUCAUGAUUUUGCCGCCGACUGGUGGUCUUUUGGUGUUCUAAUGUAUGAAAUGUUAACUGGAAAUUUGCCUUUUCAUGGCCAGUCUAGACAGGAAACCAUGAAUCAAAUAUUAAGAUCUAAAUUAGGCAUGCCGGAGAAUCUGUCACCUGAGGCUCAGGCACUUUUAAGAGCAUUAUUUAAAAGAAAUCCUCAAAAUCGUUUGGGAGCAGGAGCAAAUGGUAUUAUGGAUAUAAAAGCUCACUGCUUCUUUGCCACUAUUGAUUGGUCCCGCUUAGAAAAGAAGGAAGUAAGACCUCCCUUUAUACCAGCCGUUUCUCGAGAUGAUGCUUUCUAUUUUGAUGUGGAAUAUACUUCAAAAUCUCCAAGGGAUUCUCCAGGAGGACCCAUUUCUGCCUCGGCCCAUGAAAUAUUUAGAGGUUUUUCUUUUGUUGCUCCCGUGCUAUUGGAACAAAGUUUAAGCAACCAUUCCUCAUUACCUCAGUCCCCUUAUUUACCCAGCCAACAGGCACCACGCUCUCUACCCGGCGUUUUACCCGGCAAUUUUCAUCAAGAUUACAAUUUACUGCAAGAGUUAGGUCGAGGCACUUUCUCCGUUUGCCGCCUUUGCGAACACAAAUCAUCGAAAAAACAUUUUGCUGUUAAAAUCAUAGAAAAGGCUGCCUAUAUGGCUAAUUCUUCCUCAUCCGAUUGCUGGGAGGAAGUAGAAAUCAUGUUGCGUUAUGGCAAUCAUCCAAAUAUUGUUACUUUGUUUUCGGUGUAUGAAGAUGCUCUUUCCGCCUAUUUGGUUAUGGAACUCUUAAAAGGUGGCGAAUUGUUGGAUCGCAUUUUGGCUGUUGGCCAAAUGUGUGAAAGUGAGGCUAGUGCGGUUUUAAGGACUAUGGUUUCAGCGGUAGCCUAUCUGCACGAACAUGGUGUAGUGCAUCGUGAUUUGAAACCAUCAAAUAUGAUUUAUGCCAGUAUGCGACAGACACCAGAGACUUUGAAACUUUGUGAUUUAGGUUUUGCAAAACAAUUACGUGCCGAUAAUGGUCUACUUAUGACACCCUGUUAUACAGCGAAUUUUGUAGCUCCUGAAGUAUUAAAACGACAAGGCUAUGAUUUGGCCUGUGAUAUAUGGUCAUUAGGUGUUCUACUCUAUAUAAUGCUAUCGGGACGGACACCCUUUGCAUCGACACCUAAUGAUUCACCCGAUGUGAUAUUAAAACGAAUAGGAUCUGGACAUAUAGAUUUUACCUCGACACGAUGGACGCUUGUUUCGCAUCCCGUCAAAGAUUUACUAAGACAAAUGCUGCACAUUGUGCCGGAAAAUCGUCCGACAGCAGCACAAAUACUACAACACCCCUGGCUAAAAGAACAAUCAGCUGGUUCUGUGCGUUUAACAGAAUAUUGUGCUCCUAGCAGUAUUACGCCUACAAAUAUGUCAUUAUCAAAUCAAGCUACUGCUACUGUUCCAGGUAUUUCCUCUAAUUUUACGAAUAAUGCCAAUAUGGUGAGAGAAGCGAAUGCUAAUUUACGUGGUGCUGUGGAUGCCACUUUCAGAGCCAUUGCCAUACCGCAGGCGGCCAAUGUGGGGCCUGUCGAACAAUCAACAUUGGCCAAACGACGUGCCAAAGAUCGUGCCAAUUUACAAACGUAAUCGAAAGCUUCUCUUAGAUGGCCAGCAUUUUUAAUACGUUUUAAAUUGAAAUUUUUAAGAUAAUUAUGAGAUAUGAGAAAAGUGAACAAAACUAAAUUCCUUCUAAAGAAAAGUAAAGCUUUACUAAUUGAAAACAAAACAAAAAUUAAACUCAACAAAAAAGGUAAAUUUUUUGCUAAACACGAGUUGUGAAACACUGGCUUACUUUUUUUUCUAACUUUACAAAAAUUAAGCACAACUUUUUACUUAGAAAACAAAAAUGAAAAUUAAAAAAACAGAACAAACACUAUUUUGAAACUUCUUAAAUUUUGAUAUAAGAAGUUAUUAUAUAUAAUAAUCAAUCUUCCAUUUAUAGUAAACAAGUUAAUUAUUUAUUUUAUAAUUAAAAAAGGCAAGAAAAUAAGAAAUUAUUAACACAAACUUUUUAUUUAUAUAUUUUUUUUGUAUAAAAACAAAAUAUAGAUAAUAUUCUUUAUAGUAGUUACAAUAGUUAAAAUUUUGUAUUAUAAUUUUAAUAAAAAUAAUUAAAUAGCUUAAUUUUUUCCUUAAAAAAAAAGAAUGACAAAAUGUUGGAAAACAAGAGAUAUUUGUUAAUAAAAAGCUGUUGUUUUAGUCAUGUGUCUUUUACAGGAUCAAAACUGAUAUUCGAAUUUAUAAUUUUCAAUAACUAUUGUUUCAUUUUGUUUUUUAAUACCAAUAUAUUAUGAGAUUUUAUUUUAAGUAAGUUGAUUUUUUGUGACUUUUAUAAAAAAGUUUUAAAGUAAAAGAUUUCACUACGUUUAAAGGUUAAAAAUUUAAAAUAGAAUUCUAAAUACUUGCUAAGAAGAUCGAACUAAAUUUCCUCCAAUUACAUUGAUACAGUUUAAAAUUAUUCGUUUGUGAUUUGUUUGGACAAUAUAAGCUUUAAACGCUGAUAUCUUCAUUUAAACAUUCCAGUUAUUUCUAGGUGGUAUAUUCAACCGAAAUGAUUUUUUUCUUUUUUUGGGUUCCGGACUUUAAUAUUUUGGCUACUUCUAGUUCGCUAUUUGUUUGCAUUUAUUUUGGAAUUGCAUCUAUAAAUUCAUUAAAAAUUCGUCAACAAAUCCUUUAGAUGUUAGUAAGAUUAAGCUGAUAUCUCGUAAAAUUUUUAUCCAAAAUCAGGCAGAAGUUCCUUGAAGUGUUAAUUACUGGCAUUUAUUUUGGUGAAAUUGGCUUCUUUAGAAGAUCGUCUGAUAGCUUAUCGUAAGAUAAAGUUGUUAUCUCUUACAUCACUUUCCAAUUUAAUAUCAUGCAAAAGUUUUUUUAGAGUUCUUCAGAAAGGCGUCACUAGUUUAUCAUUAAAUAAAACUAAUAGCUCGAGAAAUAAUGAUAAUCUAUUACUUUUCAAUUCCUAAUCACACAUAGUUUUUUAAGUGUUCUAUUUUUAAAUUAAAUCCAUUUUGAAUGCAAAGUAAUUGCAGGAUUGAUACUCCGAAUUUCAACUUAUGGCCAAAGGACCAAAAAUAUUGAGGGACAUUUUAAACAUUUACUAUUUAUUGAUUUAAUUCAUCUGUGAAACGGAUUUGUAGGAACAAUAAUAUUGGAGACAAUAUUAAACAAUGCACUAAUUAUUGUUAUACUUUUUUGCAUCUGCAUUUGCUGGUUCGUAUCUGAUUCGAAAGACCACAAAUAUUAAGGGGAAAGUUUUAACAAGUUCAACUGCUUCUGGUAUCUGUAAUCAUCGAUUCAUAUCCAAUUCGAAGGACCAAACAUAUAGAGGAGAGUUUUUAACUAUUAACUACUUUUGAUAUAAUUCGUUUCAUAUACUAUUUGAACGUUCAACAAUUUUAACGAUUUACUUUUCAUUGUCAUAUUUCCCUGAAUCUGUUCGUCACCCAACCGAAUAUCAAUAAUUUAAUAUUUAAUGAGUAGUAUAUUGCAACUGCUGAUUGAGUGUUUCAAAUAUACUAAGUUCAGACGUUUUAAUUUGCCCAUUUUACACAUUCUUUACCGGUUCGAAGGACCAAAGGUAUUGAGAUAAUAAGUUGCUAUAACUGUCAAAUUUCUUGACUCUUUUGGAACAUUUGCUUCAUUUUCUUAAAGCUACAACAAUUUUUGGGCCUAUUUUUUUGGAGACAUUUUAAAACCCACAGCGAAAUAGGAAAGUAAAGAGAAAAGCACGAACUUAAUAUAAACUAAUCCCCGUUAUCUCCACCUCCGGUUAACGUUUAACUUAUUCUGCCGGUUAAAAUAUUUUUUUAAUGAAAACUGUCAAUCUAACCUUACAAUAAUACAUUGAGAUUAUAGAGUUAAAUAUCUAAAUGUCAUCAUCAUUCAAUUCAUCAUAAAAUGAAAACACUGUAACCCACUGUAACUUGAAGAUUAAUUAAAAUGAAGACACAAAAGAAAAUAUAACUUAUUUCAGGAUUGACUUAUAUUAAAGAUAUUUCAAAAUAUCUAUUUUAAUAUUACAAAGUUUAUUUUAGAUCAUUAAAAAGUAUUCAUAUUUUUCAAAAUAUAUUUUUAGAUUAAGUAAUCUGAUAAAUUGGCCUUUGAUCUAAGAGUUAAAAACUGACACUUUUGUAAUAAAAGUAAUUUGAUCAUAAACCGAUAAAGAAUAAUUAUUCGAUUCAGAUUAGAAAUAUUUUUAAAUUACUUUACAAAGACCAGAGAUACUCAAAAAGUUUAUUUAUAUUUAUAUCAACAUUCUGCCCAAACAUUUACUGAUCUUCUUAGAGAGAAUUUACUGUAUUUUCUGAAUGUUUUUGUUAAAAUAAAAUUUUAAAUCAUUAAAUUGAUUUCACAAAAAACAUCAUUUUUUCAGUUGCUUCAAAAACAUAUUGCAUUUUAUUACAAAUUAUCAUGAAGUAAUUUUUAAUCAAUAUUUUUUUAAAUAAAAAAAAAAUCAGCUUACACUCCUACAUAUAACAAAAAACCUACUUCCUGUUAACUCCGAAUAAAAUACAAUAAAUAAUUGAAACCCUAUGACCUGUUAAACCUUUUAACCUUUAAAAUAAGGAAAAAAUCCAUAUUUUUGAAAAAGAAUAUUAGGUAAUAUUGAAAAAUUACAUAAAUAUAUAAUAAACUUGUUUAAAAAAUAAAAUCUAGUUAAUUAAUUAAAACCUAAUAUAAAAAAAAAAUAAAAUAAAUUGUUAAUUAUUGCUGACACAGUUUUUAAAAUCAUUGAUUAUAAACAUAAACAAAUAAAUAUUGAAAUUAUAUAAUAAUAUUAAUAAUAUAUUAUAUACUAUACAUAUAUUAAACAAACUAAAAUAACUAAUAAUUUUAUAUACACUUACAUAUAUUAUUAUAACUAAAACAAAAGUAUUUACUCUACAAUCUAUUUAACUCUAAACUAAUAACAAAUUUUAAGAAAUAAAUUAUUUUCUUAUUAACAAAACAAAAA